GAGAUGAUGCCACACUGCAGCAACUGGAUGACGAAUGGAGGAAGCUUGAAUUUGAAGAUCUUUCAGAAAACAUCAUGAGUGGGGACAAAGAAGUGGAAAAAGUAAAAGAUAAAGCUCCUGAUUUGUUUUGGGGUGAAGUAAGGCUGAUUCUGGAUAGCGAGGGACGGUCAAAAUACAAGUGCGUGUCUGACUUUGCAAUAGCAUGCCUUUCAUUGCCCCAUGCAAAUGUAGAUUGUGAAAGAUGUUUCUCGGACAUAAAUAGAAUGAAAACUAAAGACAAACUCAUAACAGAAUCAGUAAGAGACAUUCUUUUAGCAAAACAGUCUGUAACAAGCGAAGGAAACAGUAACUGCACCUCAUUCGAGCCAUCCAGGAGCAUGAUAAGGAGUAUGACUUCCCAAGUACUUUAUCCAACUGGUGUGGAAAGUGAUCCAAACUAUCCAGAAAUCCACGGGGAUUCAGCCAGCGACCUAUAAAAGGGCAAAAUAGAGAGAAAAAAAAUAGAGUUCAAGAAGAAUGUUGAAAUAUAUGCCGCUGAAGGAGGAUGCCACCUCCCAUACACCUGAUGACGAAUCUCUCAAGGUUAACUCUCUCUCAAGAAGUUCCUCGGACUCCUUAGCAGACGCGCAAGGAAAGUCUCAAAGGUCGCCCAGAGAUUCACCCAUGUUCAACUCAGCACCCUCUUCACUUAAUUCUCGCUCGUCAGCAUCAUCUAAUAUCACGCUCCUGACGCCGAGCUCAGACGAUUGCCAAGAGUCACCGUUGGUAUCGAGUGGCUCAGCUUCCUCGUUGAGUACCAGCAGCUCAGUGCCCUUGUUGACCGCGAGAACUUUGUCUUUGCCGUUGCCGUCUUCACCAACGUCUCUCGAAUCAGCGAUCAUCGGGCUGGCGAAGACAGCCAUAGCUCCUUCGAAAAUCCUUGCUGACCCCUUGGAGAAGCUCGUCGAACAGCGAAAUGAGCUCAUGUCUAAGCUUAUAAAAACUGUUGGAAACAGAAGGGCAAAUAAUCUGUUCGUGAACCAUGCUCAGCAGUGGCACUACCUGCUGGUGUACGCCGAGGAAGACGCUGCCCUUGGCACUAAGCUGCGGAGGAUACUAGAAGGGUACAAGUACGUUACUGUGGCAGGGCCGUGGGAGGUUCAGCUGGGCGACCAAAGACUUGAUGUGUGGCAGAAACUCCUUGAAUCCUCGACAAUGGUCCUCGUGCUGCUGUCCCGUGCCCUCCUCCGGGACAAGGUCCUGGGGAUCUGCUUCCCGGGGACUCUCAUCCGCAGGAAUUCGGUGGUGCCACUGUUCGUGGAGCCACUUCUCGAGGAGGAGAUCACGCCUGUUCUCAAGCCCAUCAUACACCGGUCUGGCGAAAAGAUCUACAGGCACAACUGGAAUGCCAAGUCCUGCAUCCAGGCACUCCACAAGUCCUACAGGCAUGACGUCCACUAUGGCCGCGAGGUGUUCCUCCUGGAGCAGUUACUAGAGGAAAUUAAAAGUGAUGUCAAUUAUGUUUGCAGAUGUAGAAAGUGUUGACUUAUUUGUGUGUGUGUGUAAUUUUUGACAUUUGUCUUACAUCUUGAUGAAAGCUAGCCAGCCCCAAGCCAUAUAUAAACCUUUACCAGCAUUUUCUUACUUUAGAUUGGUGUGAAACUUCUUUCUCAAUAAAAAAAAAAUAUAUAUAUAUAUAUAUGUAUUUGAAAUCCAUCAAUGCAAUAUUAAGUUAGUCAUAUCCCAAGAUUUGUUAUAGCUAUCACUCUAAACUGAUGUAUGCUUUUGUUUAAAAGGUGGCAUUACAAAUCCUUUAUUUUAUAUUAUGUAAAGUGUGCAGUUGUUUUACUUUUAUUUGUAGGUCUUCCGAAACAAAAUAAAACGUUUAGAAAAAUA